AUGCUAAGAUAUGAUCAAUUUCGUAAAACUGAUGAUAUUAUCAUCAUCCCGAAUGAAGAACCAGAACAAGCUGAUUUAUCAGAUGAUGAAGAAGGUUCUCAAUCGUUUAAUGAUGAACUAACUUCAGAUGAUGAAUCGUUCUUAAAUGAUGAUGAGAUGUUUGCAAUACCCGGCUCUACUAACAUUAAUUAUGAUUCAAAUCAGGAUAAUACAAAUAUGGACAUAGACAAUUUAUGGAUUUUUUUUUGGAUCUUUAAAUACCAAAAAAAGUUCAGACUUUCUGAUAUUGCAAUCAACUUGUUGAUAGGCUUUUUUAGCCUUGUUUUAAAAGAUAUUGACUUGAAUCAGUUUAAAGAUUUUCCUCCAACUGCUUAUAAGGCUAAAAAGUUAUUAGAAAUCAAGAAACUAACAAAAACUUUCACAACAUGUCCGCAUUGUAAUAAAUUAUACAAUAUUGAUUCAAUAAUUCCAAAAAACCAAAAUAAUAAUACAAAUUCAGAGUUUAAAUGUACCUAUACUGAAUUUCCUAACUAUUUGAUACAGAAUCAACGAAAAUCUUAUAGAACAGAAUUGCUAGUGAAGGUCCCAGUAAAUUAUGGAUAUAUAUAG